AUGGCGGAGGAAGAUGCAGAUAUAGCUCUUUUACAUCAGUUUCAGGCAGGUCAAGAAGCUGCGGCUUGGGAAGAUGGAGAUGAUGGAAUCGCAGAGGGUGAUCUACCUUCCAAUACAGAAGAUAACAACGAACAUGUCAAGCAAGAUUCCGUUAAAGAUGCCCAAGUUUCUCGUGCUUUGUCUCCUUCAGGCGCAGCUGCUUCGGCCGCUGGCGACGAUUAUGACCCUUCCUCUGUUACAUCCCUUCCAGCUAUGGUAACUGAACAAGAUUCUACAAGACCCAGCUCUCAAACUUCUGUGCGCAAACCAAAAACUGUCGGGGGAUUUAUUGCAGAUGAUUCUGAUGAGGAGAAUGACGAAUCUACACCAAUUAAUACUGGUCAUUUGCAACUGCCAGCCUCUGAUGACCCCAAACGAUCUCCUUCUCCAUUGCAAAAUUCUAUCACUCAACAGGAAGUAUCCAUCAAAAUGGAGAAUCAAGUUGAUUCCAAGCCCGAGGCACUUUCUUCUGUUCCCAAUUCCAUGAACCCGAGUAACGUUGGAACACCUAUAGAACAAUCGGUGCAAGUGCCCAUUCCUGUUGGUGCAUCACAAAAUACAUCUGUUCCUAGAGCUCGCCUUCCCCAUGAUAAGAUCGGUAUGCUUGAAGAUCGGGUCAAGGAGGAUCCUCGAGGUGAUAUGGAGGCAUGGCUUUCUUUGAUCGGUGAACAUCGCAAGCGUAACAAGUUGGAUGAUGCCAGAGCAGUCUAUGAAAGAUUCUUGAGGGUCUUUCCACACUCUGCGGAGAUAUGGGUUGCCUAUACUGAGAUGGAACUCGAAUACGAAAAUUUCAGUGCAGCGGAACAAAUCUUUGGCAAGUCUUUAUUGACAGUCCCGAACAUCCAAUUAUGGUCGGUUUAUUUGAACUACAUACGCCGCAUGAAUGACCUCAAUGUCGAUCCCAGUGGUACAGCUCGUGCAACUGUGUCUCAAGCAUACGAUUUUGUGUUGGCAAACAUUGGGAUGGAUAGGGAUUCAGGUAAAAUUUGGCAGGAUUAUAUUCAAUUCAUUCGUAGUGCACCUGGUUCAAUUGGUGGCAAUAGUUGGCAAGAUCAACAAAAGAUGGAUCAAUUGCGAAAAGCCUAUCAGCGUGCCAUCUGUGUUCCCAUGUCAAACGUGAAUGAAUUAUGGAAACAGUAUGAUCAAUUUGAGAUGGGCCUGAACAAGAUGACGGGUCGCAAGUUUCUUCAAGAGAGAUCUCCAAAUUACAUGACUGCAAGAAGUGCGAAUACAGCGCUUGAAAAUAUCAUUCGCGGACUUCAACGCACAACAUUACCUCGACUUCCACCUGCUUUUGGAUUUGAGGGUGAUCAAGAGUAUUUACAUCAACUCGACCUAUGGAAGAAGUGGAUAGCUUGGGAGCAGGAAGACCCUUUGGUCCUUCAGGCGGAUGAGCUGGAUGCUUACAAACAGCGUAUCUUAUAUGUCUAUAAGCAAGCGGUCAUGGCGUUACGCUUUUGGCCUGAGAUCUGGGUAGAUGCUGCUGAGUGGUGCUUCAACAACAACUUGGACAAGGAAGGCGAUACCUUUCUCGCCGAUGGAAUUGCCGCAAACCCUGAGAGUUGUCUGAUAGCUUUCAAAAAAGCCGAUCGACUUGAGUCUACGCUCUCUACUGAGGAAGCUGGAAAAAGCGAUGUUGAAAAAGGAGCAAUUGUUCGGGCACCUUACGCCAAGCUUCUAGAAUCUCUUUAUGAGCUGAUCGCGGACUUGAAAGUCAGGGAGACAAAAGAAAAGGCUAAACUUGAGGAAAACUCAGCCAUCGACGCUUCUAUCAGUGCAAUUGUGAGAAAGGCAGAGGAUGAUGAUGAUGAUGAUAGUGAUCCGGAUAAAGAUGCCCGAGAAAGUGCUAAAGCUGCCCAACUUAAUGCUAUCACACAGGGUUAUGAGAUGCAGAGAAAACUUUUGCAGAGAACCGUAUCCUUCUCCUGGAUUGCACUAAUGAGGGCUAUGCGACGCAUUCAAGGAAACGGUGCAAUUGACGCCAAAACCGGAUCAAGAUACGUGUUUGCUGAGGCCCGUCAACGGGGCAUGAUCACAAGUGAAGUAUAUGUUGCCAGCGCGUUGAUUGAACACAUGGUAUACAAGGACAAAUCUGGUACUAAGAUCUUUGAAAGGGGCGCUAAACUUUUCCCAACCGAUGAAGUAUACCUUCUCGAGUAUCUAAAGCAUUUGAUUUCCAUUUCUGAUAUUACCAAUGCCAGGGUAGCUUUCGAAACUGCAGUUAGUCGUCUAGCACAGAAACCCGAAACUGUUCACAAAACAAAGCCACUUUACGUUUAUUUCCAUAGUUACGAAUCUCAAUUUGGAACAUUAGAUCAAAUCAAGAAGCUAGAAAAGCGUAUGGCAGAACUCUUUCCGGAUGAUCCAAAGCUUCUCCGGUUCUCUUCGCGUUACAGUGUAGAGGGGUUCGAUCCUACUGCUGUACGACCAAUUGUUUCGCCUGCUUCACAAAUGAGACCAAAAUUGGUCAUGCAAUCUAUUGAGCAAGCCCCAUCCGUUCCAGAUAGUCCACGUCCUCAGUACGUACAAGAACAAAGUCCUCGCCCACAGCAACCGCAACCAUUCAUGCAGAAUCAAAACACAAACUCACCAAAGCGACCAUUUCCAACUGAAGAUUUUGAAAGCGAGCUCAACCCUCCACGAAAACUGGCUCGUGGUCAAUCUCCUUUAAAGGGAGCUGCAGGACGCAGAUUGGCGCAACAAAAGGGAAUACAACAAACACAAGGCGCACCUGCAUGGCAAUCAAAUGCCGCACCAUACGUGAUUCCACGAGAUAUCACAUUUCUCCUUAGCAUUAUUCCUCGGUCUGAUAUCUAUCUUCGUGACCCACAAUUGAAGGGCGUCAAAUUUAUUCCAAGUGACUUGGUGCAGCUCCUUGCCCGUACGGAAGUGCCGGAUUUCAUGCAAUGGAAAAGUGCGCGAGAACAACCUCAACAGUCCCAACAACCACAACAAUCGCAGCAACGCUAUGACGGUAUGACACCCAGUUACCAAGCUCCCAAUACUCGUGAAUCUCAUGGUUAUGGUAUACAAAAUAAUGGAAAUAAUGGAUAUUCUGGGGAGCCACAGCGCGUGUCGCAGCCUGGUUAUCUUCCUGUAGAUGAUCGAGUUUCAAGCGUAAUUCAGGGUCAUGAUUACACCAGGUCUCCGGUCACACCCCAGGAUACUCAAUGGGGUGGCGGAUAUAGCCAAGCAACUUCUCACUCGCGAAAUGCGAGUUUUGAGAAUAGAGGAUGGCAAGGGCAGCAACAACAGCCUGGAGCAUAUACGCAACCUCAAUGGCCCGGCAAUGGAAAUGCCAAUGGUGGAUAUUAUCAUUGA